UUCAUUAGUUUGUCAUCAUCGCGUUAGUGCGUUGUGAAUUGUGUGUUAUUUUUAAUUUAUUUUACAAUUAAUUUUAUUUAUAUUAGUUAAUAAAUCGGGUGCAAAUAAUGUUGAAAAAGUUGAACAGUUAUCACAAAAAAUAUUAAUUUUUCUCAAAGAUUACAUAAAACGACAUUUAAAACGUCCCAUGGGGAAAACGCUGGCCGACAUGUCCUUCUCGGCGGCAAUUAAACGGUGGCUGCUGGCGACUGUGCUACUUGUGCUCAUUUGCAAAUUAAGUAUUAUUGCUGCUCAGCAAGAUACUUAUUAUAAUACCCAACAACAACAACAACAGCAUCAGCAGCAACAACAACAAACAUUCAAUCAAAACAAUCCACAAAAUGCAUUUCCCGGCUCACAAGGUUAUGACGAUGUGAAUCAACGCUUCAAUAGCGAUCCCUAUAAUACGAAUCUCAAUCAGAAUACAAAUUACAAUGCGAAUGAUCGUGACCGUACUCGCUAUCGCACUGAUAACUUUAAUGAUCUGCCACUAGACGAACGUCCAAAUACGAAUUAUGGCGCGGAUGAAGACUUAAACUUUGGUCGCGGUAAAUCUUCGUACAAUGUGAAGGCAACUUUCCUCGAAUCAUUCCACUCACGUGAACCGACUUAUUUUAUAGUCGCUUCACGUAUGGUCCGCCCCGGUCUCAUCUAUAAGGUGGCUGUAUCUAUAUUACGUGCUCAAUAUCCAGUUACCGUGCAUGCGAGUAUCUCCUGUGAUGGCGUGCAGAUUAGUGGUGAGUCCAAGGAUGUAAAGGUGGGCGUGCCCGAGACAAUGUUGAUGCGUGUGCCACCGACAAGCGUGACGGGCGAAUACAAAUUGCGUGUGGAAGGCUUUUAUCAGGAUAUUUUUGGUGGUUUGGCUUUUUUAAAUGAGACACGCCUGGAUUUCUCACAGCGUUCGAUGAGUAUUUUCAUACAAACUGAUAAACCUCUGUAUAUGCAAGGCGAAACUGUGCGUUUCCGCUCAAUACCGAUUACAACAGAAUUAAAGGGUUUCGAUAGUGCAGUUGAUGUGUAUAUGUUGGAUCCAAACCGACAUAUAGUGCGUCGUUGGAUAUCACGACAAUCCAAUUUGGGCUCAGUUUCUUUGGAAUACAAACUAUCCGAUCAGCCGACAUUUGGUGAAUGGACUAUACGUGUAAUUGCACAAGGGCAAGUGGAGGAGGGUCACUUCAGCGUGGAAGAAUACUACCAGACACGUUUUGAAGUAAACGUCACCAUGCCUGCAUUCUUUUUCACCACCGAUCCGUUUAUUCACGGACGUGUUAUGGCCAAUUUUACUAGUGGUCAUCCAGUACGCGGCAAUCUCACUCUGAAAGCUACCAUCAGACCCAUCGGUUACUUCAGCAAUCAGGUGCUGAACGAAAAGUUUCGCUUAGGUCGUUCGCCCACCGAAGAAGCUGCACGACAUAUACAACAUCAACAACAAAUGUAUUAUAAUUCGUACAACCCAGUUCCCACACCAGAAGAUGUUAACCGGAAUCAGGAUUUGCUUUAUCGUAAUCAAUAUGUCGUUGAGCGGCAUUAUGAAUUUGAGGAAGAAUGGCCAUUUUGGGUUCGUAAGCCAGAUGUACAAGACACAUACGAUGCAUGGACCGGUAGUUAUCGGAAAACCUUACCAUACCUGCGGUACUUCAAUGGCACCUUUGACUUUAAAUGGCCAAUACGCGAGCUGGAGGUAUUGGUGCCCAAUUUGGCUGGUAUGGAAGUCUUGAUCACUGCUACAGUUGGGGAAAAAUUCUACGAUGAAGUGAUUUCAGGAUAUGCCAUUGCUCGCGUUUAUAAUUCCAGCAUACGUGUAGCAUUUUUGGGUGAAUCGCCGCAGGUCUUCAAACCCGCUAUGCCCUUCACCGCCUAUUUGGCUGUGGAGUAUCACGAUGGCUCACCAAUCGAUGUAAAUCUUCUUAGACAAUCCGUGAUGGACGUCACCGGUUUCGUGGAAAGUAAAAGCGGUGGACGACGAGAUUGGCCGGCAACGCGGCUUCAAAUGUCUGCCGCUAGUCCUGGUAUUUGGGCUGUAAAAGUUGAUUUGCGCAACGAUCUGCAGCUAGAUGAUCGCCCACAGUCACGUGACUUCCUAAAUGGUGUGGAACGUAUACGCCUACAAGCAAGCUUCAUUGAUCCACGCGGCGAACGCGCACAAACCGAAGUACUAAUGGUCUCGCAUUAUUCACCACGAAAUCAACACAUCAAAGUUUCGACUAGCACAGACACGCCCAUUGUCGGAGAGUAUAUUAUUUUCCACAUUCGCACCAAUUUCUAUCUCGAGGACUUCAACUAUUUGAUUAUGUCGAAGGGUGUGAUACUGAUAAAUGAUCGUGAGACCAUCACAGAGGGCAUACGAACGAUUGCAGUUGUGUUGAGUGCAGAGAUGGCGCCCAUGGCUACGAUUGUCGUCUGGAAGAUAACCCUUUCGGGACAAAUAGUUUCCGACUCGCUCACCUUCCCGGUAAAUGGUAUUUCGCGCAAUAAUUUUACAGUCUACAUCAACAAUCGCAAAGCACGUACGGGUGAGAAGGUAGAGGUAGCCAUUUUUGGUGAGCCCGGUUCUUAUGUGGGUCUCUCCGGCAUAGACAGCGCGUUCUACACCAUGCAGGCGGGCAACGAGCUGACGUAUGCUAAAAUUGUAACGAAAAUGUCCUCAUUCGAUGAACAAACAAAUGGCACCUACAAACAUGUCUGGCAUACACAUGCAGGCACACCCGAUGAGCUCGUCUACUUCCCUGCCUCCUCGUUUGGCAUCGAUGCGAAUCGCACCUUCGAAUAUAGCGGCCUAAUAGUAUUCACUGACGGCUAUGUGCCACGGCGUUAUGACACUUGUAAUCGCACACUCGGCUUUGGCGAGUGCCUAUCCGGGCGUUGCUAUCCGCUGAAUAAGCAAUGUGACGGAUUAUUUGACUGUGACGAUGGCACCGAUGAAAUUGGCUGUCGCGUGCGCAACGAUACGGAACUAUUAAAUUACCGCAAGUAUCGUUUCAAUCGCAUUCUCCGACACUAUGAAAAUGUUUGGUUGUGGAAGGAUGUGAAUAUCGGGCCGCAUGGUCGCUACAUUUUCAAUGUUGAGGUACCAGAUCGGCCGGCAUACUGGAUGGUGAGCGCAUUCAGUGUUAGUCCAUCGAAAGGUUUCGGUAUGUUGAAUAAGGCCAUCGAGUAUGUGGGCGUGCAGCCGUUCUUUAUCAACGUUGAAAUGCCCACACAUUGUCGGCAGGGUGAACAAGUUGGCAUACGUGUAACUGUCUUUAAUUACAUGACCACACCCAUUGAGGCGACUGUGGUGUUGCAUGGCAGUAAAGAAUAUAAGUUUGUACAUGUUGAAGAAAAUGGCAUAGUGCGUUCCUAUAAUCCACGUACUUCCUUUGGCGAACAUCAAUUCUUUAUUUAUCUGGAUGCGCAAGGCACUACAGUUGUCUAUGUGCCGGUGGUGCCGCAGAAGCUGGGUGAUAUAGAUGUUACGCUACAUGUUGCCACUCUUCUGGGUACUGACACAAUAACACGUCGUCUACACGUGGAAUCGGAUGGCUUGCCGCAAUACCGCCAUCAAUCUAUACUUCUCGAUCUGUCGAAUCGCGCUUAUGUGCUGGAAUAUAUGCAUGUGAAUAUAACACAAACUCCGGAAAUUCCAUACCAAGUGGAUCGUUACUUUGUCUAUGGCUCAAAUCGUGCGCGUAUAUCUGUUGUGGGUGAUGUCGUGGGCCCAAUCUUCCCUACAAUGCCGGUGAAUGCCACUUCGCUACUCUACUUGCCCAUGGAAUCAGCAGAACAGAAUGCCUUCUCUUUCGCCGCGAACCUAUACACCAUUAUGUAUAUGCGUUUGAUCAACCAGCGUAAUAAGACGACUGAGAAGCAUGCUUUCUAUCACAUGAAUAUCGCCUACCAACGGCAGUUGAGUUUCAUGCGUCCCGAUGGUUCAUUCUCCCUCUUCCGAUCGGAUUGGAACAACUCGGCAUCUUCAGUUUGGCUGACUGCGUACUGCGUGCGUGUUUUCCAGGAAGCUUCAUUCUACGAGUGGGAGAAUUUCAUUUGGAUUGACUCCACCAUCAUUGAAAAGAAUAUGCGCUGGCUCCUACAACAUCAAACGCCGGAGGGAGCUUUCUACGAAGUUACUUGGCUGCCAGAUCGCAAAAUGAACCGCACAAACUUCGCCAAUAACACAAGUCUACAAAACCGUAAUAUCACACUCACAUCGCAUGUGCUCAUCACACUGGCGUCGGUUAAAGAUCUUUCCGGUUCGCUAGGCGCACGCGUUGCACUCGCACAACAACGCGCCAUAUCGUGGAUAGAGCGUAAUAUGCAAUUCUUGGAAGACACCGAAGAACCAUAUGAUGUAGCAAUUACCGCAUAUGCCUUGCUACUCUGCAAAUCACCAAUGGCAGAGCAUGUAUUUUCCAUACUGCGUCGACAUGCACGCGUGCUAGGCGAUUUUAUGUACUGGGGCAGUAAGGAGGUGCCGCAACCGCCUAAGAAAUUAGAAAAUCAAAAAUGGUUCUCCCUACCACGUCUGCCGUACGAAUUUGAUGCGUUGAAUAUCGAAACGACUGCCUAUGCUUUAUUGGUUUAUGUAUCGCGGCGUGAAUUCAUAGUGGAUCCAAUCGUUCGCUGGUUGAACGCACAACGUUUGAACGAUGGCGGUUGGGCGUCUACACAAGAUACCAGUGCGGCUUUGCGUGCGCUUGUUGAGUACACUGUGCAUUCGCGUAUACGUGAGGUGUCGUCGUUGACGGUCGAAGUGGAGGCUUCCUCACAGGGUGGCAAAAUACAGGCGUUACACAUUGAUGAUACGAACUUGGCGCAACUGCAGAGCAUUGAGAUACCCGAAUCAUGGGGCACAGUUAAAGUGCAAGCUAAAGGCGCCGGUUAUGCCAUUUUACAGAUGCAUGUGCAAUACAACGUCGAUAUAGCGAAAUUCCAAACGAAACCGCCAGUGCCUGCAUUUGGCUUGCACACCAGAGCUAUCUUCCACGGCAGAAAUCAGUCGCAUAUCUCGUAUAUUGCUUGUCAAAAUUGGGUCAAUACACGCGAAUCGGAACGCUCCGGCAUGGCUGUGCUCGAUGUCGCCAUACCCACUGGCUAUUGGAUACAACAACAGCGACUCGAUCAUUAUGUACUAAGUAAUCGUGUGCGUAAUUUGCGGCGCGCUAAAUACUCGCAUCAGAAAGUUAUAUUCUACUUUGAUUAUCUCGAUCAGGAGGAUAUUUGCGUUAACUUCACUAUCGAGCGUUGGUUCCCAGUUGCGAAUAUGUCGCGUUAUCUGCCCAUACGCGUCUAUGACUAUUAUGCGCCUGAGCGCUUCAACGAGUCUAUAUUCGACGCUUUGCCAACGUAUUUGCUGAACAUCUGUGAGGUGUGCGGCAGUUCGCAGUGUCCAUAUUGUUCCAUAUACAAUAUGGGUUGGCGUGCGACCAUGUCUGUGUCGCUGGUGUUCUUUAGCGUAUUUAUUUAUCUAAUGCGCAGCCGAAUGCAUGUCGUUUUAAAUUGUCUGUAUUUGCUCACCUAAAGUACACUCAUUUACUUAUAGUCACAAAAAAACAUAGAAAUUAAAAACAUUUGUGCCUUUCCGCUUUUGAAAUUACUUAGUUUAAAAGUGAAUUUUCGAAAAUUUCUUAUAAAUUUCCGUUCCAUAUUUUUUUUUUUGUUUUUUUUUUGUGUUCACAAAUUACAUACAUAUAAAAGUUAUGAAAUACAUUAUAUUUAAGAUAGAAAAGACAACAAGUAUAUUACAUAUCAGCGUUUAUUGUACCACUAAAUCAUAUUUAUAUACAUAUAUGUAUAUGUAGAUUGAAAUGUUAUCGAGUCCACGUAAUAUUAAAAAAAAGAAGAGAAAUGCAACUUAAUUGCCAGCGCAACGCUCAGCAAAUGUAUUCCGUCCAAUACUGUGACGCCAACUCUUAAUUUGCUACCUUUUUUAUUCUAAUUUUUUUUGUCAUGAAUAAGUCUCCCCUUUUGUUUUAUGUUAGUGUUAGUGCAUUUUUAAAUACGAAAUAAUUUUAGUUGAAAGUCUUUACAAGUAAAUUAAUAUGUAUGAAAACGUGAAUAUUUUUAUUUUAAGUAACAAAAACCGAAAAUCUCAUAUGUACAAAGCUAAAAACAACAGCAGCUGAUAUUUAAGUAUGUACGUACGUAUACAUAUACAUAUCCCCAUAGACAUGUAACCGAAUCUCAAAGACGAAAGCAAUAAUUUUUUUUUUAGAAAAGAUGUCGCGCACGGAGUGUGUAAAUAAAAUUGAAGUCAAUACAAAUGUGUCUUAAAGUUGGCUACAGCCCUGCAUCAUAGUUAAGUAGUGCAUAAUUAUUGAAUUCAAAAGUGCAUCUUAUUAUAUGAAAGUUCGAAAAUGAAAGAUCAAUGUUUUAUAACUAAAUACUUUUUUAUAUUGAAGUUGGUAUUGUUGUUUAAGAAAAAGAAAUGCAAUAGCUGUUAGUGACACACAUACAUAGCUGUAUAACCUCAUAUCGUAUAUAGCAUACAUAUAAACAUAAUUAAACAGAUGUUAAGUAGACAGUGUAAAAAAUAUAUAUGUAACUUAUAAAUAAACACAUACAUACAACCACAUAUAUACAAAGAAAUGUUGCAAACGAAAAGCUUUUAUAAGACAUUUUUUAUAAACGAAAACUUGUAUCCGUCCUUCUUUUGAAAAAUCGAAUGAAUAAAUAAAAAAAAACUAAA